AUGGUUAACACACACGUCGGUCGCCAGCUUUCAGGCGAUAGCGCGAACAUUGCUGGCUCGCUACCUAUGCUCAACAUUGCGAACACGACAAGGAAUAAUAUCGUUGCUGUUCUUGGAGAAUUCGUCGGCACAUUUAUGUUUCUCUUCUUUUCAUUUGCCGGAACACAAGUUGCCAAUACACCUCCCGGAGCCCCAGGCUCGGAUCCCAACCUUCCGUCCAUCAUCUUCAUCGCACUUUCAUUCGGCGUUUCCCUUACAGCAAAUGUUUGGGCUUUCUACCGGGUCACGGGUGGGAUGUUCAAUCCUGUGGUGACUCUCGCCCUCACGAUUUGCGGUGGCCUGCCACCACUCCGAGCCCUUCUUAUUAUGCCCACACAAAUCAUUGCUGGACUUUGUGCAGCCGGGGUUGCUUCUGCAAUGUUCCCUGGUCCGUUAUCCGUGACCACAGCCUUGGGUGGAGGCACAAAAACGGCCCAAGGCUUCUUCAUCGAGGUCAUUUUGACCGCACAACUAGUGUUUGUUAUCCUGAUGCUGGCCGUUGAGAAGCACCGCUCUACAUUUCUCGCUCCUGUGGGCAUUGGCCUGUCAUUCUUCCUCGCCGAACUCACUGGCGUGUACUUCACUGGUGGUUCUCUCAACCCAGCUCGAUCUUUUGGACCCGCCGCAGUUGACGGCAUUUUCCCCCACUACCACUGGAUCUACUGGCUUGGCCCUGUAGUUGGUUCUUUGAUUGCUUGUGGAUUCUACCUUCUGUUGCGCAACCUCCGGUACUAUGAGUGCAAUCCCGGUCAAGAUGACGAUGGCCACGAAACAAAUAGUGAGCGUAGUUUCAAGCCUUGA